UUUCAAAGAAUUAAAUUAGGUGAUGGUUCCAACUUCCGUCGUCCAAAUUCUUAUUGCGAAAAUUGGUUCAAGGGUAGCUUGUUCUUGGGAAAUCAUCCCAAUUUUGGUGUCGAAGAUGGAUUGUUGUGAAGAUCCAAUGGCAAUGUGUCGGGUGGUUUGCCCCAAGCCCCGUCGUGUCGCCCCUCUCACUAUUUCCAGAUUUCACAUUCGUAAUGAUUCCGAGUCCAAUGACGGUGCUGAGCUGCUAGGGCUAAUCCUUCGCCAGGAGCACAACGAAGCAGAGCGACGCGCAAGUCUACCAUUUGCGUUUGGGUCGCCUCCAUGUAGAACUCAAAACCCUCUUGUUCAAGAUGCAGAUUUCCGUUCCGAGCAAUUCACAGAGUUGGGGAAGAAACAAGCAGCAGCUACCAGAUUGGAAGGUUUUUCACUGCCGUUUCAUUAUCAUAUAUAGCACAACACUUUUGAUCUCUUGAAACAAACACAAAAUCAAAACAUGGCAUGUUCCCAUUUCCGUUGUGGGUUGGCAAAGGAUGGGAAACUUUUCCUACUUGUUCCCAACAACCUAAUACUGUAAAGAGUAUAUAUGUAAAUACAUAAAUAUAUAUAGCAUUCUCGUGCAUUCCGGCUCAA